AUGGGUGAUAGCAAGCUUAAUUCUGAUAUUGUUGUGCACAAUAUCCUCAUUGAUGGUGCAGGAAAAUGUGGGAAAGUGGAUAUUGCGAGGGUUCUUCUCCAAGGUCUAAUUGACAAAGGCUUGCAACUUAAUGUUCGUACAUAUAACGUGAGAUCAGUGGUUUUUGUCGGGAAGAACAAGCACUAUGAUGAUGUAAAGAUGCUUUUAAAGGAAAUGGAUGAUGGAAGAGGUUACUCACUUGAUGCUUCGACUUUAUCAUUAUUUAUAGAUCAGAUAGCAGCUGGUUCUUUAGAUAGAAGUAUGCUUAAGUUGUUAGCCAUUAUCUUUGUGCUGCGGGCUAACAUUGCUUCUGAAUUCUCAUCAUCAUGGGCGAAGCUUUGA